ACCAUCUUCUCCUCAUCAAUGGGUAGGUCAUAGGAUAGGACCAGAGAUUUUUCUCCCUUUAAAUUUGGAUUUUCGUUUGGUCCCUUUCUUGUUCUUUGAAAGUUCCUUUCUGGGUUCUCUGGGAUUUAUCAGAUUAUUAAGUCCCAGAGUUUAAUGGUUUGAGUUCAGAAUAAAAAUCUCUGCUUUUUCUCCAUUUACUUUAUCCAAGAAUGAUGAACGCGGAUAGGGAAGAUGGUGCAGUGCUGGGAAUGGAGAUUGAAGGGGAAGAAGAGAGGGGGAAAGAAAUGGAGGAUCUGAAGAGGAUUCCUCCAUGGAAGAAGCAGAUAACAGUUCGAGGGGUGAUUGCCAGCGCCUUGAUUGGGAUCAUUUACAGUGUGAUAGUGACGAAGCUGAAUCUCACAACUGGGCUUGUCCCAAAUCUCAAUGUCUCGGCUGCACUUCUUGCCUAUGUGUUGAUACAGUUUUGGUGUAAGCUUCUUCAAAAGGCUAAUCUUGUUUCAACUCCAUUCACCAAGCAGGAGAACACUGUUAUUCAGACCUGUGCUGUUGCCUGCUAUAGCAUUGCUGUGGGAGGUGGUUUUGGAUCUUAUCUGCUGGGAUUGAACAAGAAGACAUAUGAGCAGGCUGGGGUGGAUACAGUGGGAAAUGUUCCAGGGAGUCAUAAGGAACCAAAGCUUGAUUGGAUCAUUGGGUUCUUAUUCGUUUCGAGUUUUGUUGGCUUAUUAGCCUUGGUUCCACUCAGAAAGAUAAUGAUCAUAGACUAUAAGUUAGCUUAUCCUAGUGGAACUGCUACUGCUGUUCUAAUCAAUGGGUUUCAUACGCCUAAGGGGGACAACGAGGCUAAGAAACAGGUUCGUGGGUUCGUGAAAUUCUUCUCGUUCAGUUUCUUGUGGAGUUUCUUUCAGUGGUUUUAUAGUGGUGGAGCUAAAUGCGGAUUUUCCCACUUCCCCACCCUUGGGUUGCAGGCCUGGAAACACUCGUUUUAUUUUGAUUUCAGCAUGACAUAUGUAGGAGCAGGAAUGAUUUGUUCUCAUCUCGUGAAUUUGUCUUUGCUCGUUGGAGCCAUUGCUUCUUGGGGAAUAAUGUGGCCGCUGAUUGGCGAACGCAAAGGAUCUUGGUUCCCUGCAACUCUACCACCAGAUAGCAUGAAGAGUCUGAAUGGUUAUAAGGUUUUUAUUUCUAUUGCUCUCAUCCUAGGAGAUGGCCUCUACAAUUUUCUCAGGACAGUAUUUUACACCAGUAGAAGCAUAUUUGCUGCAAUGAACAAGAAGAAUUCCAGAACAUCAGUUCCAGAAACUAAGGAUGAGCCACUUGAAAAUCUUCAACGAAACGAAUUCUUCAUCAGAGAGAGCAUUCCCUUGUGGGUAGCGUGCGUAGGGUACCUUGUUUUCGUUGUUAUCUCCACAGUCAUAAUCCCAAUCAUGUUCCCUGAACUGAAGUGGUAUUUUGUUCUCGUGGCCUACGUUCUUGCACCUGCUCUGAGCUUCUGCAAUGCUUAUGGAGCUGGUCUAACCGACAUGAAUAUGGCAUAUAACUAUGGGAAAGUGGCGCUCUUUAUAUUAGCUGCUUUGUCCGGGAGAGAAAAUGGUGUAGUUGCGGGACUUGUAGGAUGUGGGCUCAUAAAAUCCAUCGUUUCAAUCUCGUCUGAUCUGAUGCACGAUUUCAAGACAGGCCAUCUUACCCUAACCUCCCCUCGAUCGAUGCUCCUUAGCCAAGCGCUUGGAACUGCCAUGGGUUGUAUAGUGGCUCCUCUCUCGUUCUUCCUCUUCUACAAGACAUUCGAUGUGGGGAACCCGGAUGGGGAGUACAAAGCUCCUUACGCUCUUAUAUAUAGAAACAUGGCCAUCCUAGGUGUUGAAGGCUUCUCUACGCUUCCCCAGCAUUGCUUGCAGCUCUGCUAUGGGUUCUUCGCGUUUGCCAUGGUUGCCAACCUGCUGAAAGACGUAUCCCCAAAGAACGUCGGGAAAUGGAUCCCCCUCCCUAUGGCUAUGGCCGUUCCUUUUCUUGUUGGGGCUUCUUUCGCAAUCGAUAUGUGUAUGGGUAGUCUCGUUGUAUACACAUGGCACAGGCUCAACAGCAAGAAGGCGACUCUGAUGGUCCCUGCAGUUGCAUCGGGUCUGAUCUGUGGCGAUGGGUUGUGGAUCCUCCCACAGUCGAUACUCGCGCUUGCCAAAAUCAAAGCUCCAAUCUGCAUGACCUUUUUGCCUGCAAAUGCAUCCUAAAAGUUUAAACAUUGCCAGACAGACACUACAAUUAGUCUAUGCCUGUCAAAAGGCUUUUGGAAGAAUGUCUAGUUAGAAAAGAUAGAUGUGGGCCUAAUUAGAGAUGUAAACAGAAUGCAAUAAUGACAAAAGUAUACAAAAGCAGCUAUUGCAGAUCAUUUAUAAUGUGCAAUUGGUCAACUUUUAGUGCAUAAUAAAGUGGCCAAAGAGUAAUGGUUGUAAUAUGCUUAUAGAUAAUAAUCAAGACCAUAAAUUUCACUUUCUC